UUUUACCCGCGGCCCACGUCGUCUCAACUGCUGGAUCUUGCUUCUCGGUAAUCGCUGAAGGAGGGCUUUGUCGACCAUUGAACCUCACAUUCGGGAUCAGACACACCCUUUCCAACCCGGAGUGUGUUGUGGUUGCCAUCCUUUCACAGCUAACCUAUUUUACACACUCUCAGGGCUAGUGGUGACGUCGUGAGUACACUCCGCCAGCGAACGACUCCACCAUAGUUCAUUCAGCUGUCGGUGAUUGCCUCACAUUCUCAAACUCACCUCUCACCUUACAAAAAAAAAACCAUAUCUCACACCCCCCACCGCCGCAAUGUCCUCCGAAUUCCAAGUCUGGGAGGUAAAAACCCCCUACCUUAACCUGCACUGCGGCCUCGGCGAAGGACCCUACUACGAACCCGCCACCCAAACCGUCCGCUUCGUCGACAUCAAGAACAAGAAGCUUCACACCGUCUCCAUCAACGACCCCGCCGAUCUUGUCACCCUUUCUUUCGACGAGCCCGUCACCGUCACCGCUGACAUUGCGGGCGUCGACCCCAAGGACAAGAUCCUGAUUGGAGCCAAGCAGGGGCUCGCGGUCCUGGACAGGAAGACGGGGGAGUAUGAGUACAUCUCCAAGAUGGAGGGGGAGGGCGUGGAUAGGAUCAGGAGCAAUGACGGGGCGGUCGAUCCCCAGGGGAGGUUCUGGAUGGGGAGCAUGACUGAUUUUGGGAAGGGGGAUUUCCGGCCUGAGGGCUCCCUCCUCCGCUUCACCCAAACCUCCCCCCCGCAACUCGCCCUCACCUCCCUCACAAUCCCAAACUCUGUCGGCUGGUCCCCCGACCAGAGGACAAUGUACUUUACCCACUCCAACGCGCGCGAGGUCCUGGCUUGGGAUUACGACCCCUCCCCCUCCCCUUCUUCUGUCGUCACCCUCUCCAACAAACGCAUCUUUUACCAGCACGUCGGGAGCGGUGAACCUGACGGGUUUAGGGUUGAUGUUGAAGGUAACAUCUGGCAUGCCGUCUAUGGCGAGUCCCGCGUUUUGAAGCUGAGCCCGGAGGGGAAGUUGAUUGGGGAGGUGAGGUUGCCUACCAGAAACAUCACCUGUGUGGAGUUUGUGGGCGAGGAGUUGUUCAUUACUACUGCUGGGGAUGACGGUGCUGCUGAGGGUGAGGAGAGCAAGGUCAAUGGGGGGGCGUUGUUUAGGGUUGACGUUGGGGUCAGGGGGUUGGGGCAUGAUUUGUUUAGGUUGUAGAUACUUCUCUCUCUUUGGAGUAGAUGCUGUAGGGGGGGUUGGUUGCAAGGUACCUAGGUAGAUACUAGAGGCGGUAGAUGGGGGAUGUAGACUGCGGGUUGAUAGACCGGGCGGCAAACGUUGUAGAUAGACAUAUAUGGUCAUGUGUUCAAGGGUAUCUGCUGGUAUCAACAUGACCCCUCAAAGAGCGUACAAACACCUGAGCAGAACAUCCCAACCAAAACUCCCCAUAUCGUCCAAACCGGCCCUUCCCGUCCGGCAUCACAACUCGUUUCCACCAUCCAACCUUUUCCUAGCGGGGAUACCUAGUAUAACCAAACUGCAAAAAUAGCAGGUAGCGAGAAAAAACUAGAGUAUAAAAAAUAGGACUACGUGGCUAGCUUGGUUCA